AUGUCGAAAAGACAGCUGGACUUUUGCAUACACAUGACUACUCGCGAACGCUCGACGCAAAGGUUGGCCUGUGAUCGGUGCCAUGGCCAGAAGCUGCGGUGCAUUCGAGGAUCACUCCCGACGGGCGCUUGUCAGAGAUGUAUCAAGGCGAAGGCUAUGUGCCAGUACAGCUCACCUCUUCGCCUAGGAAGACCUGCUAAGCCGGACCCCGCCAAGAAUAUGCCUCCUACUACUGGUGGGCGGAGACGGAGCAGCACCGCGCUUCCAAGCCCACACGAAUCGUCUACAAGUACAACUUCCACAAGCACAACAGACGGAAUACCCGAGGGGCAGUCCGAGGAAGACUGCACCAUGAACUUGUCACAGCUUGAGUUCUUUGAUGUCCAGGGAAUGUUAGCCCUGCCGCUGCAGGAGGAAGCACAUGUCGGAAAAAAUGUGCCUACUUUCCCCAUCAAAACUUUCGAAUGGGACAUGGAGGAUCGAACCGAUGAGCAUAACUCGUCUAUCAUACAGAGCAGCACCCAGACGCCGCAGGGACUGGAUGUGAAAGGCCCGCCAAGAGUAGCCAAGACAGACUCUUCUUCAGAGUUCAUCCUAGAUGAUUAUAUUCGUCACCUCGCACCAGACUCGGCAGACGGCAUACAGUUUCAGACACUCAGUGCAGCAGACAGUUUCAAUACCGACCCGGUCGACGCCUGGGCUGGAAGCCUCUCGGUCGACACACUGCUAGCCCACGGCUCUCUGGCCAAGACCAGACCACCACCAGCAACAGCACCACUUCAGUCGAGUGCGCAGGACGAUGUGCAACGUCAACUGAGCGAGCUGCUCAGGCGCCUGCACGAGACUCCACAUCACAGUCCGAUGAUGGCUUCGGCCACGAACAACCACAACAGCGCCUCGAACCCGCAGCUGAUGGACGAGACAGUCAAGGCUGCACAUGCGUUGAUCAGCAUCAUUGACUCGGUACACGUGUCGACUGCGCCCUUAGAGUCCCGCCAUAACCCCGACGCUGUCGAUCCGACCACGAGUUUCAUCGACGCGGGCACGGUGUUCCUCGCCGCAGCCUGUUACUACCGUAUCUUUCGCAACAGCAAUACACUGGCCGUGGUUAUGCAUGAUGCAGUCUCGUCCAACGAUAUGGCAACGUUACGCUCGAUGCCUAGCAUAAAAAUCGGCUCGGUCACGCCCUUGCACACCACCUCGCCAGCCAUCCAGUCGGCCCUGUGGGUCCAGCUCCUGUGGCAGUCGCUGCGGGAGCUCGAGAAGCGCCUACUGAUGCUCUCCCACAGGUCUGCCGUUCUGAGCCCAUUGGCGACGGAGUCUUCGCUGCAGCCUGGAAACAGGUCGCACUUGGCUGAUCUGACCGCAGGCAUGGACGGAGAGGUUGCAAGGCUUGAGGUUAGCGUGAAUCACCUCCUCAAGACAACGUUGGACACUUUGCGCCACAAAAGCUUCUGA